UUUGUGAUCGCCUAAGCAAUUCCCAUAUCACACCAAGUUUUCAUUAUAUCUUCAACAACAAAAAAUAGUUUUCAUUUUCAAAACUUGUGUUAGUUUAAUUUUAGCUGAUCUUUUCAAACUAUGGGUUCUAUAUAUGGUUAUUACAUGCUUUGUUUGAUGGUGUUACUGCCCUCAACAUCUUACUCUCAAGACUUCACUUGCUCAAGGGCUACUUAUUAUGGUAGCCCUGACUGCUUAGGGACACCAAGUGGAGCUUGUGGAUUUGGAGAAUAUGGAAGAACAGUGAAUGAUGCUAAUGUGGCUGGAGUUUCCAAGUUGUUCCGCAACGGCACUGGCUGUGGUGCUUGCUAUCAGGUUAGGUGUAAAGCACCACAGCUUUGUACUGAUGAUGGAGUGAACAUAGUGGUGACUGACUAUGGUGAAGGAGACAGAACAGACUUCAUUCUCAGCACACGCGGCUACGCAAGACUGGCUCGCCCCAACAUGGUGGCAGAGCUGUUUGCAUACGGUGUAGUCGACAUAGAAUAUCGGAGAGUAUCUUGCCAAUAUUCGGGUUACAAUGUGAUGUUCAAGGUUCAUGAGCAUAGCAGGUUCCCUGAGUACUUAGCCAUAGUAAUUCUUUACCAAGGUGGCCAAAAUGAUAUCUUAGCUGUUCAAAUAUGGCAGGAGGAUUGCAAGGAAUGGAUUGGAAUGAGAAAUGCACAUGGAGCAGUUUGGGACAGACCUAAUCCACCAAAGGGAUACAUAACAUUGAGGUUCCAAGUUAGUGGGAGUGCAGGGCUGACAUGGGUUCAAGCUACAAAUGCCAUCCCUAGUGAAUGGAAAGCUGGGGUUGCUUAUGAUUCUGCCAUUCAGCUUAAUUAAUUAAUAUUAUGAUUUUAGUGAGUAGAGAUUAAGUUCUGAUUUGUUGUGUAUGUCUUUAUAUGCUUAGUAUUCUAAGUCCAUAUGCCUAAUGCCUUGUUCAUAAACUUGGUAUAAUGUACUAGUUUCUUCUAUAUUAAUAAUAAACUUGCAUAUUUAUAGUUUUUA